AUGUAUUUGAUCACAAUGGCAGGAAACUGUCUUCUUCUCAUUACAGUAAGGAUCAGCCCAAUGUUACACACCCCUAUGUACUUCUUCCUGAGUAAUCUUUCCUUAAUUGACAUUGGUUUUUCCUCCACAGUAGUUCCUGUAAUCCUCAAAAAUACUCUUUCCACAGACAAAAGUAUUUCAGUGGGGGGUUGUGUUUUUCAGAUGUUCUGCUUUUCAGUAUUUGGGACAGCAGAAUGCGUUUUACUUGCCGUCAUGGCUUACGAUAGGUUUGUGGCCAUCUGUAGACCACUGCAUUACAGCAGAAUUAUGAACAUGCGGUUUCACAUCAUCUUAGCCUUAAUACCAUGGCUUACUGUUGUCACCCUCUACUAUGGGACCAUUAUGUUCAUGUAUCUACGACCCCGUUCUGCUUACUUACCAGAAACAGACAAGACAAUAUCUGUCCUGUAUACAGUUGUGACUCCAAUGUUGAACCCCUUCAUUUACAGCGUAAGAAAUAAGGACGUAAAAUAUACAGUAAAAAUGUGUUUGACUAGAAAAUGA